GCCCUCGCUUCCCCCCCUCCCCUCCUCAUCACAGCCCCGACCCGUCCCCGGCCAUGCUGUCCUUCCAGUACCCCGACGUGUACCGCGACGAGAGCGCCGUACAAGAUUAUCAUGGACAUAAGAUUUGUGACCCCUAUGCUUGGCUUGAAGACCCAGACAGCGAACAGACAAAGGCUUUUGUGGAGGCCCAGAACAAGAUUACCGUUCCAUUUCUGGAGCAGUGCCCAAUCCGAGGUUUAUACAAAGAGAGAAUGACUGAACUGUAUGACUAUCCCAAAUACAGCUGUCACUUCAAGAAAGGCAAACGGUACUUUUAUUUCUACAACACAGGUUUGCAGAACCAACGAGUAUUAUACGUGCAAGAUUCCCUAGAGGGAGAGGCCAGAGUGUUCCUCGACCCCAACAUCCUGUCUGAUGAUGGCACAGUGGCACUCCGAGGUUAUGCGUUUAGUGAAGAUGGUGAAUAUUUUGCCUAUGGUCUGAGUGCCAGUGGCUCAGACUGGGUGACAAUCAAAUUCAUGAAAGUUGAUGGCGCCAAAGAGCUUCCUGAUGUGCUGGAAAGAGUCAAGUUCACCUGCAUGGCCUGGACCCACGAUGGGAAAGGGAUGUUCUACAAUUCCUACCCCCAACAAGAUGGAAAGAGCGAUGGCACAGAGACAUCCACCAAUCUCCACCAAAAGCUCUGCUACCAUGUCUUGGGGACUGACCAAUCAGAAGAUAUCUUGUGUGCGGAAUUUCCCGAUGAGCCUAAGUGGAUGGGGGGAGCUGAGUUGUCUGAUGAUGGUCGCUAUGUUUUGUUAUCUAUCUGGGAGGGCUGUGACCCGGUAAACCGACUCUGGUACUGUGACCUGCAGCAGGAGCCCAACGGCAUCACUGGAAUCCUGAAGUGGGUAAAACUGAUCGACAACUUUGAAGGAGAAUAUGACUAUGUAACCAAUGAGGGAACGGUGUUCACAUUCAAGACAAAUCGCCAUUCUCCCAACUAUCGCUUGAUUAACAUUGACUUCACGGAUCCUGAUGAGUCCAAAUGGAAAGUGCUCGUUCCUGAGCACGAGAAGGAUGUCUUAGAGUGGGUAGCUUGCGUCAGGUCCAACUUUCUGGUCUUAUGCUACCUCCACGACGUGAAGAACAUCCUACAGCUUCAUGACCUGACCACAGGUGCUCAACUUAAGACCUUCCCCCUAGAGGUCGGCAGUGUUGUGGGGUACAGCGGGCGCAAGAAGGACAGCGAGAUCUUCUAUCAGUUCACUUCCUUUUUAUCUCCAGGUAUCAUUUAUCACUGUGACCUCACCAAAGAGGAACUGGAGCCCCGAGUUUUCCGCGAGGUGACUGUGAAGGGAAUUGAUGCCUCGGAUUACCAGACGAUCCAGAUUUUCUAUCCUAGCAAGGAUGGUACCAAAAUUCCAAUGUUUAUUGUGCAUAAAAAAGGCAUAAAAUUGGAUGGCUCUCAUCCUGCUUUCUUAUAUGGCUAUGGCGGCUUCAACAUAUCUAUCACACCUAACUACAGUGUGUCCAGGCUCAUUUUUGUGAGACACAUGGGUGGCGUCCUGGCAGUGGCUAACAUCCGAGGCGGCGGUGAAUAUGGAGAGACGUGGCAUAAAGGUGGAAUCUUGGCCAACAAACAGAACUGCUUUGAUGAUUUUCAGUGUGCUGCUGAAUAUCUGAUCAAGGAAGGCUACACCUCUCCCAAGAGGCUGACGAUUAAUGGAGGUUCAAAUGGAGGCCUCUUAGUGGCUACUUGUGCAAAUCAGCGUCCUGACCUCUUUGGUUGUGUGAUUGCCCAAGUUGGAGUCAUGGACAUGCUGAAGUUCCAUAAAUUCACCAUUGGUCAUGCCUGGACCACGGAUUAUGGGUGCUCAGACAGCAAACAACACUUUGAAUGGCUUGUCAAGUAUUCCCCAUUGCACAAUGUGAAGUUGCCCGAGGCAGAUGACGUCCAGUACCCAUCCAUGCUGCUCCUCACCGCUGACCACGAUGACCGUGUAGUUCCGCUCCACUCCCUGAAGUUCAUCGCCACCCUCCAGUACAUCGUAGGACGCAGCCGGAAGCAAAGCAACCCUCUGCUCAUCCACGUGGACACCAAGGCCGGCCACGGGGCUGGGAAGCCCACUGCCAAAGUGAUAGAGGAAGUCUCCGAUAUGUUUGCGUUCAUAGCACGGUGCCUAAACAUCGACUGGAUUCAGUAAAUGGAAUUUUCCGCCCCCUCUUGACAGCCACAGAAAACCUCAAGGGCUUUCACCAUUCUGACCAAGAAUCCAUGGAAAGAAUGCUUCCCAGCCUGGUACUGUUCCUCCACUGCGGACUACAGCUGAACAGAACUGCCAGGGGAAUUUUAUCUUUUCUAGCUUUUUCCUUUUUAGCAAGCCCUUGGCAUUUCUUUUUCCACCCUAUCCAGGCACAUAUUUUUAAAAUGGGGGGACAAAAAGCAUGUUUGGAUAAAAAGGUAAAUGACAAUGAACAUGUGGUGAAUACUAGAUUACUGAAUUCAGGGUCUUAGUUGGGCAUACUCAUCAUAUAUAGCAAUGCAGUGAAAUUUGCGUCUAUAACCAUUACCUAUCCUUAAUAAAUUGAGAAUUCUUCUCAUGA